AUGCCAGAUGGGACGAUUUUUAAGAAGGGGUGGUUCGUGACGUACCACGCGUACGCCAUGGGAAGGAUGGAGGGGAUAUGGGGGAAGAACUGCGUUUCAGUUUCCAAUAUUUCAUGCCGGCCCGAGGAUGUGUCUCGUAAAAGAUCUGGCAUAUAUUCAGAUGAAGUCGAUUGCAGCGUCUGUGAUGGAGAGGUUUGA